AGGUAACCUUCCUUCAAGUGAAGCAUCCGCUGUGUUACACCAAACAGGAAAACCUCUUGGAAAGGUCACCGAUUGUGUGUUUACUACAGGCGGCAAAUCUAUAGUUUUAGCUGUGAAAAGAGAAAAUGUGGAGAGUGAUUGUUCUAUUGCUGGCCUCAAUAUCUGCCUUUAUUCAUCAGUCUUCAGCAUUUGCUGUGGCCUUACGAAAGCUACAAUGCAAUGCAGGAUUUUACAAGUAUCCGACUUGCGCAGACACCCCAGCCGGGUAUUGGUGCGAAUGUGGGACCGGGUUUGAGUGGAAUAGCAAUAUUUGCAUGACUGAAUCGGUGGAUUCACGCCUGGACUUCAGGCAGGAUCUUUCGAGUUACGCCAUCAUCCUUGGCAAGAAUAUGCCUCUCUUUGAAGCAUUCACAGUCACUGCCUGGAUCAAUGUAGAACAAAAUGUUACCAGGCAUGAACCCAUUCUGAUGGCUUACUCCGUCGGGAUGGAGAAUCAGUUCCACAUCAACAUCGGCAACGAUUUCAUCAUCGGUAUUGGCGGGAACAGGCCGCAGAGAGCAAGGAACUGGGGUCUUGAGGUCGGCAGGUGGGUCCAUGUAGCAGUCACCUGGGAUAGAGAUGGAUCGUGGACCCUCUACAAGAAUGGCAUCCGGAGGGGAGGUAACAACCAACUUCCCAUCGCUGAUCACCUCAAAGCCGGUGGUGAUCUGACAAUAGGUCACAUGAUACAUCAUUUGACCAAUCACAGCCUUGGUUUCCUGGGCCAGCUGAGUCACGUGCACUUAUGGAAUGAGAUACUGAAUGUGACGUAUAUCCAGACGAUAGCCAAUGAUUGCACAUUCACCUACUGUGGGAACGUAGCCGAAUGGGUGGACUUCAGGAGUGGCACGAGGGGAACCUCCAAACUUCGGUGGCCCUCUGGAGUGUUCGAUGAAUGUCUGGUCAACAAAGCUGAAGCUUGUGAUAGUCAUUGCAGUGAAACGAAUGGUCCUCAGUGCAACCAAGAGUAUGCCAAGAACACCUUGUGGCCUCGCACUCCUACAGGGCAUAACUCAACAAGACCAUGUCCUGGCAUAUCGUCAGGAGAAGCAAAUCGAAUGUGUAUGCAAGAAGAAAACAUUGGUAUUUGGAUGGAGACUAACUUCUCGACGUGUGUUUCAUCAGACCUUCGGGAUCUAAAACAAGAGAUUGAGAGCAACAUUUCAGACCUCAACAUCCUCACGUACCUGGAGCGCCUUUACAACUCGACGUCAUCGAAGAAGACAAACCCGUCUGACCUAUCGACCAGCAUCACGUGUUUACAACUGAUCGUAGAUGCUCAGGCGAGGGCGCUCUCUAGUUACAAAUGGACCGAUAAUAUGUUGAAGUUCAACAAAAAUGCAAGGAGACCGGCUUAUCCAUGGAUUGAGGAGACUAACAAAUUCGUCAGGUGGGUAACGGACACCGUCGACAACAUCAUCGACCAGCGUAACGACGUCGCCUGGAACGCCACACUCCCUCGAGGGGCUCAAGCGGUCGAACUUUUAAACGUCAUGGAGAAGUUCGUCAAUCUCUUUGCUCGCAGUUUUCUCCGUCACAUUAAGCGAGGAGACAUCAAUGAGGAAGAGGGACAGAAGGCUUUCGACCGGCAAAAUAUCGCCAUUUACGUUGAAACAGUGCGGCCUUCCGAGUUUGCGGGAUCUUUUUUUCCUGAUAUCACCAAGCGUAGUAUGUCUUCUAUGAACCCCGAGGAAGGGAGGGCUCUUAUACCAGAGACACUCUUUGAUAACUUGCACACUGAUCUUCAAGAAACCAGAAUGGCCGUCUUUUACGUCCGAUAUGAGAAAAUUGCAAGAUAUUUACCAAAUCACCCUGAUCAAGUUAUUGUCAAGUACUACCGUGACAAGGAAAAAGAGCACAGGCAUAAGGAUGACAACGUUAACUCGGUUGUCAUAACAACGGGUGUCUUCGCGGAAAUAGACGUCCAUGAUGCAUUCGCUAAUCUCACCGACCCCAUCGAAGUCAAUUUCAAAUUCACCGAUUCAUUUAAUAUUUCAAAUCCAGAAUGUGUUGCGAUCGACAUAAGUGGUGGAUCUAAUAAUUGGCGUUGGCGCCUAUCUGAGCUCACAAAUAUAUCCGAGGGUGAAUUCGCAACGUGCUUCUAUGACCAGCUCGGCACUUUUGCAGUCACCACAGACAUGUAUAACAUCAACUGGGACCCGGGAGACCCACCCCGUUUUGUGAUGACAGCUGCUGGGUACAUUGGAAUACUGGUUCUCAUCACCAUGCUCAUUAUCUCGCUCUCAGUAUUCUUUUAUCUCAGGUGUACAACCGACACAGUCGCGGUACAUCGCAACUUGGCAGGCUCACUCAUAGUUCUUCAUCUUCUUUUUAUGAUCGGUAUUACGAGACAAGAAAAUGCUACGGUUUGCAAGAUAUUUGCUAUUUCGAUACACUUCUUCUUCACCACUUCAUUUUGUUGGAUAUGCAACGAGGCUUUUAAUCUUUAUAUCGAAGUAGCAAACUCCAUCCACGCCGACACACAACAGCAAAGGCCAAUGUUGCGCUAUUACGUCAUCGGAUGGUUCGUUCCCGCCGUCUUAGUCUUUUCUCUUGUACAAAGCAAGUGGGAAACAUACUUCUCUCCUGAUGUAUGUUUUAUCAACUUUGAUCAUAUAUGGCUUUUUGCUGGACCCGCAGGAGGCUUCUGGGCCAUCACAGUAUUCGUAUUGGUAUACACGGGCAAAGACAUCAUGGAGAGCUCGUAUUCAAAAGACAAGGAAGCUAAUAAAGUAAUCAGUAAUCACUGCAAAGGCUGUUGGAUACAAGUUGUUCUCAUGGCCAUAGCAUGGGCUUUUGCAAUAAUCUCAGUGGAUUUGUACAGUAUCAUACCACAGAUCCUCUUCGCUAUGUUUGCUAUACUACAGGGGGCUUUCUUCUUCGUCUUCUUCUGUACACUCGAUGGGGAGAUCACAGAGAUAUUAGCGGAGAGGCGCUCGUCAAUGGGCUUUAAUGUGUCUCCACAUGGACUUCAAAGAUCUACGAAGUACAGCGUUUACAGAAGAUAUUUACCGCCAAGGACAAGUUCUAGACGGUCGCAGGCGCCCUCUCACAUCCAUAGUCCAUCUUCACACGGAAGUAAUCCUUACCCACCCUCGGACCGGCCCCGUGAAUCACUUGAACUUCAGUCUCAGCCGAGGGAACGAGGUGGCAGCUGGCAAGGCGGCAGCACAGACACCAAUCCUGGCGUCGGUACCGGUGGCGGCGAUGGUGACCGCAGCCCUUCCUUUGCCCGAUGGGGUUCGACUGCGGUGCAGGCACUUCGGCGACAGCAGCAUUUAGCAAGGAAGGACAGUGACGCUAAGCGUGAGGUACUGUCACGCUUCUUUCGAGAUGACGAAGUAAGAGGGGCAUUAGAUCCCCCUUCGCCGAUCCCAGAGGCAGACAAUACGAAUGCAGAUGAAGAGGAUCGUCUUGUUACUUCCGUGUGAGCAUCAGCUGUCGGGGUCAGCGAAAUAUUCUUUCGAAAUACAAACGAGCAUACUAGGAACCAGUCUAAGAAAUUCCCGUUUCAGGCGAAACAGGAAUUCGUCAUUUUUAGCAUGGACCUACUACAUGUUUUGAGCGAAUUCUAAUAUACAUUCUCGACGGAGUACCAUUCGAACAUGGCGAAUGGAGUUCCCUCUAAACGUGCUAAAUGCGCGUUUUGAGGUCUGUAUAAAGAGUCAUACAAUUUGUACAUGGCUGUACGCAUUACUGUAGUCAUGAUUUGUCAGGAUUUUUUUAAUAUUCUUUCUUAAUAAAUCCUAACGGUUUGAUCAGAAACUAAGACGACAAGUGUAAUUUACAUUUGGCAUGUUUGGCUCACUUGAAACAUAUUGUUAAAAAGUUCAGUUCAUGGACAAAAUGGUAUUCUUCAAGCUGGAAACAUAAAUUUAGAUCUGCCCGUAAACCAAAUUUGUAUGGGUUGUUUGAAAUUUUACCGUCAGACACGGUUCCUGUAAUCUUAGUUUGGUAGGCAAGAAUAUAUCACACUCACACGUUAUGUGCGUAUGCGUUUACACUGUACAUGGCCCUAUUAGACGUCAUCAUAGGUAAACUCAAAUACCUUCCCUGAUCGAAAACAUAGUUCACGAAUGCCAUUUCCUGUGGAGGUUGCAUGUAUAUUCGCCGAACAUGACCAAUUCGCGUUUCACCCCAAAUGGAAUCGCUAUGACCAUGGACGUAGUAGCUCCAUGCUAUGACUGACCAUAAGGGUAUAUUCUUGUAAAUGCACAUCAUCAAGGGUGUUGGAAGAUUGGGUCUAACAUAACUGGGUGUUUGAGGUCUGAUAAAGAUGUUGAAACACACACUGCAAAACCGGGUGUUUUGGAUUCAGUUUAAAGUUACAGCCACCAUUUAUCGAUCCUCAAACACAUGCUAAAUAAUAAGCAUUGUCCAUUCCGUGAUUAAUGAUGACGUGGAGCAUUGUCGUUUGAAAAUGCCACGCAAUUGAAGCAAAAAUACCGACUCGUGAUAUUGAGGUCCAUGUUUUAUGCACGGAUGAGCGCUAGCAGCAUCGUUAUUCACACCAGAAUUUCAAUGGUUGACUAGAAAGAACUACGAAGGACAGGUAAACACUAUUGUUCAUAUUACAUUCUUCAUGAAUAAUUUAGUCACGUGUUACUUUACGGCCAAUCAUAUGCUAGGAGUCCACUAGGCGGCGCCAAUUUGCGCUGCCCAGUUCGCGCCAAUGCAAAGCGGCUGUGGCGCCUCGUGUCGUCAAUAAGGUGACUAGUGGUAACAAGUGACUCAAACUGCAUCCCAACUGGCACGUUAUUACGCGCCAAAUGUUGAAUUUGGUGCGACGAAAAAAAAAAUGAAAUUUUGAAAGUGUCUUAAACAAAAAUUUCAAACAUUUAGAAAUUUUCGUCGCGCCAAAUUCAGUUUUUUGGCGCCAUAUACGAGCCACCACGCGCCAGUUGGGAGGUAGUUUGAGCCACUGCACGCCAUUGUAGGCACAUUUUUUGGCGACACUAGGCGCCACAGCCGAAAUAAAUGGGAGCAAACUGGCAACGGCCUAGUGGACAACCUAGCAGUAUUUUGAUUAGAGUCCACAUCACCAUCUCAUAGAUAUUCAUACUAGAGUAUACAGUAGAUGCGCAAAGAAAUAAUGAUGUAAUUUUUAUAAGCUUAUUUAUACCUUGUUUGGUGUAUGACUUGAUGAGUAGAAUCGCUGCAAAUUGCCAAAAUACUUAAUAAAUGUUGUAAAAAGUUUUGUACUGAUACAAUGCAGUGUAAUAAUAUUGUUAUAACUGAGAUAGAAAGUAAAAGAAACAUUUCAAACGAGUCUACAGUAUAUGUGUAUGCAACUAAUGAUGAUAAAUAUACCUAGUUCUUUAUAGCGCAUACUAUGCACCAUUUAAGCGCUUCCGCAGGAACCUAGAUAUAACACAAAUCACAAUUUACACAAAUCAAGAGGGUAAUAUUAUUUUGCAGGGUAAACUUUAUUUUAUUUGAUCAAGGCAACCAGCCAGUAUCGGCCGCACAGAAACGCUGUUAGCGUAACAUUGCGCUAACACUGCGCUAACAAAGGACCCUGUUACAACCGGUAAUGUCGAUCGCCGAGAUGGCUAAUGUUGGAUCAACGCUCACAAUCUGUUAACAAAUUAGCUGUUUACAACAUGGGUAGAAUGACUGCACAAAAAGCACUGUUAGGGCGCCGUUAGGCGCGAGUGUUGUUAGGGGAUUUUAGUUUAUUAGGCAAAAUCUAUUGUGCGUAGUGAUCUAGAUUUAAGUAAGAUUUAGUUAUGAUUAUAUGCACAUCCUACAAGUUUAAAAUAUUAUCUAGGAAAGGGUAAAGGAAUAGGCCUACAAACGUUUCCUUAUUUUUACAUUUUGAACAUGAAAUGGCAGCAAGUAGUAAAUAUAUAUUUACUGAUUUAAUUUUGUUAAAUAUCGAAUAAGCUUUAUAAAGAUCAAGAAAAUCAGCCUAUCAUGAUAUUACGAUGGAGAUUCUGUACCCCCCCCC